GCGAAGUGACAUUUCGCUUUCGCUCUUGCUGCUCUGUUGUGAGUUGACGACCUUCAGGCGACAUUCAAAUCAGUGCUUUUUCCAUUCAUUCGCUAGCUUUCAACAGUAGAAGUGGUUGUUCGUUAUCAAAAAUUAUAGCUAACGCCUCACCGAUAAGCAUUCGUAAAGGGAUAUCAACACUUGAGUGUGAAAUUCGGCAAAUCAUGGCCAUCACAGUCAGCACGGUAGCGACUACUCCCUUUGAAGGCCAAAAGCCGGGUACCAGUGGCCUUCGCAAAAAGGUCAAAGUAUUCACCCAAAAGAAUUAUACGGAAAAUUUCGUCCAAUGCAUUCUGGACGCCAACGGCUCAGCGCUAACUGGGUCUACCCUAGUCGUAGGCGGAGACGGUCGAUACUUUUGCCGAGAAGCAUGUGAACUGAUUGUUCGCAUGUGUGCUGCCAACGGCGUGGCUCGCAUUCUUGCGGGACAGAAUGGAAUACUAUCAACACCGGCCGUGUCGAGUUUGAUACGUCGUCAUAAAGCACUUGGAGGAAUUGUACUGACUGCCUCACACAAUCCAGGUGGCCUCGAUAAUGAUUUUGGUAUUAAGUUCAAUUGCGAAAAUGGUGGACCUGCACCUGAUCAGUUUACGAAUAAGAUUUAUGCCCUUUCUGGAGAGAUUCGAGAGUACAAAAUUGCCGAAGGUUUAGCUAUCGAUGUUACGAAAAUUGGUGUAAAUAAUUACGAAAUUGGGGGUAAACCAUUCUUCGUAGAAGUGAUUGAUUCCGUCACAGAUUACGUACGGUUGAUGAAGGAGAUUUUCGAUUUUGACAAGCUGAAGGACUACGUUAGUGGUAAAACUAGAAAUGGCCAGCCGUUGAAAAUGAGGAUCGACUCGAUGAAUGGUGUAACCGGAAGCUACGUAAACGAAAUUUUCGUCAACUGUUUAGGUGCUUCCACUAAUGGUGUUGUUCACACAACUCCUCUGCCUGAUUUUGGAGGUCUGCAUCCAGAUCCGAAUCUCACUUACGCCAAGGAUUUAGUCGACACCGUCCGCGCUGGGGACUAUGACAUUGGAGCAGCUUUUGACGGAGACGGUGAUCGUAACAUGAUCAUUGGUAGAAAUGCAUUUUUCGUAACUCCAAGUGAUUCAUUGGCCGUUAUCGCACACUACCUCGAAUGCAUUCCAUACUUCAAAAAGAAUGGAAUUACCGGACUAGCGAGAAGUAUGCCAACGGCAUCCGCUGUCGAUCUGGUGGCUAAAGCACUUAACAAGGAACUAUUCGAAGUUCCGACUGGUUGGAAAUAUUUCGGUAAUCUGAUGGAUGCCGGACGACUUUGCCUGUGUGGUGAGGAGAGUUUCGGUACUGGAUCUGAUCACAUCCGCGAGAAAGAUGGUAUCUGGGCUGUACUUGCGUGGAUCUCUGUCCUGCAAAAUACGGGAAAGAGUGUGGAGGAAAUUUGCGUCGAACAUUGGAAACGCUACGGCAGAAAUUAUUUCACUCGCUACGAUUAUGAAGAGUGUGAUUUGGCUCCGUGUAACGAAAUGAUGGCUACCCUGGAGCAGACUAUAACCGAUACCAGUUUUAUCGGAAAGAAUUUCUCAGCUGGAGGCAAGGGUUACACAGUCAAGUUGGGUGAUAAUUUCAGUUAUAACGAUCCGAUUGACAAAUCGGUUUCAACGAAACAGGGUCUUCGCAUUGUGUUCACCGACGGCAGUCGUAUUGUAAUGCGUCUCAGCGGAACCGGUAGUUCCGGUGCCACCGUUCGACUGUACAUCGAUUCCUAUGAAAAGGAGAACGUCCUAGGGCAGGCCGCUCAAAUGCUCAAACCGCUGAUUGAUAUUGCGCUCGAAAUUUCCAAGCUAGCAACCUUUACCGGCCGUAACGCUCCGACAGUAAUCACGUGAAUAUUGACGAUGGGGAUUGAUAUUAUUACAAAGUUAUCCGAAACUUAGGGAUUGAAACAUGUCAUAUUCUUAGAGAUUUGUAGUUGCCAUUGGACUAGUUUCGACACGCUUCUGUUUAGGAGACCAUUUCAAAGGCAAGGAAAGAAGACGGUUCUAUUAAAACGUGUCGUUUAUAAUAUUUAUUUUAUGUACUAUCAACCAUUUCAAAAUAGUUUGUUGAGGGCGCGUUCGUUAUCGCUUUGUGCAUUUUGUUUUUCUAUGUAUUUAUUUGCUCAGUUGUUCAAAUAAAUAAAGUGCAAUCGUAGUAUU